UGUUAUCAGCUUCAGCUAUCAGGGAGCGAGUUUUUUAUAGGUCAUAACAGUAAGGGUUUAGGAGAGAAACCCAGAAAUCCAAACAGAAUUGCAUCAAUCUACCACUGCGAAAACGAUUAAUCAUCCUCCUUUACUAUCAGUUUGCCUUCAUUGAGUUCUUUCUACUAGAAAAGGGAAGAUUUGAAAGGACAAAGAACAACUAGCGGUUGCAAAAGCUUCCCACCUCCAUUGCCAGUGAUUUGCAAAAAACCCAGACUUUCUGUCACUGCUGGCGGGUAAAGAAGCCAUUACUUUUGUUGAUUUAACGGGGGAUUUGAAGGAAAGUUCCGAUCAAUUGAUGAUCUGCAUGAAGAAGAUAAAAAAUAGUAAAAUCUAUUGAAAUCUAAUACUCUUGCCUACCAUUUCAAAACCUGUUUACACUUGCUGAAGAUUCAUUGAAUCACGUCUCAAGAUAUUAUUUUCCAUGGGCGAACACGAAAAUAAGGAUUUUUCUGGUAGUACUGUUUUGGAAUCGUCUAAAAAGACUGUAAGUGAUCGCAAAGCUGGUGGAGAUAGUGAGAAAACCCAAGUUGCUGAGCCAGAUGCUAGUGACGCUCAGUUUCAAGGUCAGGUUGUGACUAAGGGAUCCUCAGCUGAACGGUUGGUGACAGAGGAAGGUGGGUCUUGUAAUGGGGUGAAUAUAAAAAUGGUUGGGGUUAGGGGUUCUGAUAUUAAUGUUGAUGGUGUUUGCAUACGGGAUUUUGUUGAUGGUGGUGGGCAAAAUUUGAGUGAGGAAGCAACUAAAAGUCGUGGUGGAUCAAGAGAGUUGGGCUUAGAGGGAGAUGUCAAAACUUUAGGUGGUGGGGUUGGUGACUCUGGUUCCAAGGCCAUUAUGGAUCCAAGUGUUGAGGCAUCAAAAUUGGGAACUGAGAGUGAGGUUGGAAAUUCUUCUGGGGUUGCUGAAUCUAAAGAAGAAGAAUUGGUGGAGGAUGUGGCAAGAGUUAGGGAGGUAAGCUUGGAAUUGGUGACUAAGGUUGGAAAUUCUUUUGGGGUUGCUGAAUCUAAAGAAGAAGGAGAAUUGGUGGAGAAUGUAGCAAUUGUUAGGGAGGUAAACUUGGGAGAGACCGAGGAUGGAAAAUCUUCUGGGUUUGCUGAAUCUAAAGAAGAAGGGGAAUUGGUGGAGGAUGCUACAAGAGUUAGGGACGUAAAUUUGGGAACCGAGAGUGAGAUUGGAAAGUGUUCUGGCACUGAAGAAUCUAAAGAAGGUGUAUUGGUGGAGGGUGUGACAAGAGUUAGAGAGCUCGCUGAUGUUGAUGUGUCCUGUGUUGCUGAUGAUAAUACUUUGCAGGAAGUUGAGGCUGGGAAUGCUCAGAAUGUGGGAAUUGAGAGUGCAGUUGUUGUUUCUUCUCUUGUUAAAGGAUCCACUGGCAGGGAAACCCAAGUUGUAGUUGAGAAAGUGGCAGUAGUUACAGGGAAGGAACAUUUGGAGGGAGCAUUGGACGAGUGUAUUGGGAAAGUUGGGAUGCAUGUUGUUAAGGAUGUGAGUUCUCAGGAAGUUGGGGUUUCAGAGAAUGAAGUACAUAAUCAAGGAGUUGAAAAUGUUGGAGGUUCCUCUGCAGUUUUCGGUUCUUCAGUAGUUGAGACCCAAGCUUUUGCAGUAGAGAAAUCUGAAUUGGUUGAGGAGGCUAUGGAUCAGGCCAAGGAAACAAAUGACAACGAGGGGGCUUCACUUCAGGAUUCAGAAACACAAAAGGUCUGUGUUUUGCAUGAUGAGGCGUGGAAUCCUGGCAUUAAAACUGCAAGUGCACCUUCUUCAAUUAUCAAGGAAGGUUCAAAUGUAGAGACCCAAGGUAUUGAGGAGGAAGCUUUGGUGAUGGUUGAUGAUGGAAAUUUAAAUCCCAAAAUUGAAACAGUUUUCGAUGGGGCACAUGGUAGUGAUUCUGUGGAGGGGGUUGUGUCCUGUUCUGAGAAAGAUUCAGUUGCAAUAGAAAAAGAUGCCAUUACCAAUGCAGCCUCCAAAUGCUUGGAUGGACAAAUUGAUGGAAAAUUUGCAUCAAUGGACAAUGAGGAGAUUACAUAUCCUAACAUUGAAGGUAUGGACACUGACGCUUUUAAUGAAAAUUUUUGUUUUUCAGUGGAAGAACUGCAGGCUACGGUUGAGACAGCCAAUGGAAGCACUGAAAAUCACUAUGAUGCAUUUGCAGAUUUGCAAUCUUCACAACAGCCGACUCCAGCAGUUGUUGGAGGUGAAGUUGGAGCAUCUGAGAACAUGGUGCUUCUGAAUUCUGAAGAUGAAAAAAAAUUAAUAAUUGAAGAGUGCUCGGACCAGAUUAUGCCUCAUGAUUCUGCUCAGUUUCAUUCACCCAUAAAUCCAGAGAUGGGAGCUGAUGAACAAGUUGCUGGUGCUGAAAAAGCUGGUAUCCAGAAAGAGCAAGGCAAGGUUGAGACCGCAAAUGAGAGCACUGAAAAUCACUUAACCAAAGGUUUAGACUUCACAACAUCUCAUCAGUCUGCACUUGCAGUUGGUGAUGAACUUGCAGAAAUGGAUGACAAAGUUCAUUUAGACGCUAAUUUUGGGGGUCCCAUUGAUAUGCAUUUGGAUGGGAUGUUAUCAUCAUCAGGAAAUGAGCAGCAUAUAAAGAUUGAGAUAGACUCUAUGGAAAUAGAUUCUCACACUACUUCAACUGACAAGGAUAAGGUUAAUUCAACUGCCAAUGUUUCAGAUACUGCUGGAAAGGACCAUGAGUUGAAGGUGAAAGAAUGCAUAGACAAGAGUGCAGCUUGUGAUCCUGAUCAGGAUGAUCCAAAUAUGGGGCAGCUGAUUGAUGUUCAAGAACAGGCUGCUUGUGUUGAACAGCUUGGAAGAGAAGAGACGAAGGCCAUAGAACAGAACUCUGAAACAGUUUGUGCAAGCAGAGAAAAAGAUACCUUAUUAAUUGAUGGAGAGCAAACUGCUAUAGCAGACAAUGAUGUGACUUUGAACGCCGGUACUGGACUUGAGGGGCCACCUGAAGGGAAUCAGAAUCUGACGGUUGAAGAAGAUUUGGAUGAGAGUGCAGAUAGUGAUGUUUCUGAGAUUGAAUCAAGUGCAGCAACAGAAACAGUGGUUGAAGAGCAUGAUGCUUUUAUUGAUCAGGUUGGGUUGCAAGAAGGGCAAGAAAUGGAAGCUGAAGAACAGGAUGCUGACUCGGAACUGCUAAAUACCACUGAAGAGAAAUCUGCUAAAGAAGUAGCUCUAAAUUCCAGAAGCAGUGUAAUAGAACAUCAAGCUAGUUAUAAGGUACCACCAGAUGUCGAAGGUGAGUUCACUGUAUCUGAUUUGGUCUGGGGCAAAGUGAGGAGCCAUCCAUGGUGGCCUGGGCAGAUAUUUGAUCCUUCAGAUGCCUCUGAGAAAGCAGCGAAGUAUCAUAAAAAGGAUUGUUUUUUGGUAGCAUAUUUUGGGGAUCGGACAUUUGCAUGGAAUGAGGCAUCUCUGCUAAAGCCUUUCAGGUCUCAUUUCUCCCAGGUUGAGAAGCAGAGCAAUUCUGAAACGUUCCAGAAUGCCGUUGAUUGUGCUUUAGAAGAAGUUUCAAGACGUGUAGAGUAUGGGCUGGCGUGCUCAUGCAUACCAAAGGAUACUUACGAUAAACUUAAAUUUCAGAUAGUAGAAAACACUGGAAUCCGACAAGAAGCAAGUGUAAGAGAUGGUGUGGACAAAUCCUUGGUUGCUGAUUUAUUUGAACCUGGUAAAUUAGUAGAGUAUAUGAAAGCAUUAGCACAAUGUCCAGCUGGUGGAGCUGAUCGACUUGAACUUGUCAUUGCCAGGUCCCAAUUACUGGCCUUUUAUCGCUUAAAGGGUUAUUCUCAGUUGCCUGAAUUCCAGUUUUGUGGAGGGUUGUUAGAGAAUGCAGGCACAUUAGAAUUUACAGAUGAAGUGAUAGAGCCCACAUAUCCUUUUUGUAAGGAUGAUGGAAAAAUUUCAUCUGGUCAGGAGAUUGUACAUGCCCAAAGAAGUUCUUACCACAAGCGCAAACAUAAUUUGAAAGAUACUGUCUAUCCUAGGAAGAAAGAAAGAAGCUUGUCUGAAUUAAUGGGUGAUUCAUGGGAAUGUGUAGAUGAUGAAAUUGGUCCUGAUGGGAAAGCUAACAAUAAAUUAGUUUCACCAUCUUCUGGGAAGAAGCGGAAGGUCUUUGAUUCCUUUCCUGAUGACUUAGCCACAGCAGAAGGGAGGAAAACUCUCUCUCUUGCAAAGGUCUCUACUAGUGCACCUUCAUUUCCUAAGCCUUCAUUCAAGAUUGGUGAAUGUAUCCGUAGAGUCGCUAGCCAGAUGACUGGGUCCACCUGCAUAUUGAAGUCUAACAACAUGAAGCAAGAUGGAAGCAGCGAUGGACUUGUUGGGGAUGGAUCUGAUGUUUUGUUUGAACAUUCUGAGGAUGCUGAGAUGAGGAGAGCAAUUGUUCCUACAGAAUACUCAUCAUUGGAUGAAUUACUAUCACAACUUCACUUGGUGGCACGAGAUCCCUUUAAAGGAUAUAGUUUCUUGAGCAUCAUUAUUAGUUUUUUCUCUGAUUUUAGGAACUCAGUGAUUAUGGAACAGCAUGAGAAAGUAGGUUGUAAAAGGAGACAAGCAUCUCAUUCCAUUUUUUGUUCUCCUGAGACAUUCGAAUUUGAGGAUAUGAAUGACACUUAUUGGACCGACCGGGUUAUUCAAAAUGGUUCUGAAGAGCAACCACCACGUAAAAGUAGAAAACGGGAUAAUCAACUUGUUUCUAUGGACCAGGACAAGGCCCUUAAUAAGUCAAACUCUAGAAAGCGGUAUUCUGAUGGCAAUUAUGGUCUAUCAGCAGAGAAACCAGUGAGUUACGUAGAUGAGAAUGCACCAGCAGAACUUGUUAUGCAUUUUCCUGUGGUGGAUUGUGUUCCUUCAGAAAUAAGCCUGAAUAAGAUGUUUAGGCGGUUUGGGCCUUUGAAAGAGUCAGAGACAGAAGUAGAUAAGGAUACCAAUCGUGCCAGAGUUGUUUUCAAGAAGUGUUCUGAUGCAGAAGCUGCAUAUGGUAGUGCUCCAAAGUUCAACAUUUUUGGUUCAGUACUUGUAAAUUACCAGCUCAACUAUACCAUAUCUGUACCAUUUAAAAGUCAACCAAUGAAUGCACUCCAAGGUGAGGAAGAUGCAACACUUUUUCUGCAGUAUUGAAGAAGCGGAUGUGACAUAAAAAUUUAGGAGAGAGCAGAUGUUGGAAAACUGAGGCAGAUGCAGUGCAGCUUCUACUCUACUGCUGAUGCUCUCACACAUGCAUACGUUAAUGGGAUGCUGAAGAAGGUAACAAGAUUGCUAAUUCUUCUGGUUGUCUGCUGCAUCUUUUACUCGGAUAAUUUUUGGUGUGUUUUGGGCCCAGAUGUAGAGGGUUGGGGCUAUUCUAAAAUCUCAGUAGGUUCGCUUAGUACAUUGUAUAUCAGUUUGAGCUGACCCUUGUAGAGUUGUAGUUGCUACACUUGACGAAUAUGAGGUUCAGUUACAGAAUCUCAGUUGCUUGUUUAUUAUCAUUUAUGGUUCAUCCACCUGCAUGUCAUGUAAUGAAUUUCUCUGUAAACCACAGUGGAGGUAGAAUGCUCUUGUCCAUAUGCUGAAAGUCACCAGCAGUUUAGCCUCGGCAUUAUUGAAGCAUGCUCAUUCAAGCAUUUUCUUUU